GACGAUGAACUGGCUCAACCAAAGAAGAAGUUGAUGCAGAAUGUAAAACCAAAGUCAUAUACAUCCCUAUCAAAAGAAGAUGUUGGUGAGUCCAAGAAUUGUUUUAAUAAAUUUAGCAGUCAUUAUUGGAAACAGCUGAAAGUUCUUAUUGGACGAGUAUGUGAGCAAACCUACGAUAAAUAUCUCUUGUUGGAGGAGCGCGAUAAAAUUCUUUGCAAAGCUCGAAUUAAAUCUAGUGAUGUCGAGACAGGCACUUGUGAAGACAUGUGUAGUGAGAAAGAACGAUAUGUUAGAAUUAUUCAAAAACGAGUUAGUCCUUAUGAAUGCAAUGAUUUGGGUGAAAUGAUUCCCGAAAUAGCCAUAAAAGAAUAUAGCAGAAGUGCCGCAGAUCAGGAAGAGCCUCUUCCACACGAGCUUCGUCCUACUCAUGUUCUUCACAGUGUUCCUUCGCGUGAUGAAAAUUUAGCGGAAUGGUAUGAUUUUUUGUGGAAUCGAACCAGAGCUAUUCGAAAGGUUUCUUGUACCUUCUAUUUUUUGAUUUUAAUUGAACAGUGUGUUCGAUUUCACAUUUUUGCCUCCCACAGACUUUGCCAUUUGGGGCCAAAUGAAUUUGACCAAAAAAUGAAUACUGAAAAUCUUAGCAAAAGCUUGCAAAGCUUGAGAUAUUUGUAUGACGAUCUGGCAAAGAGAGGACUGCUUUGUGAAAAUGAAGCUGAAAUCCGUGCAUAUGAUGUCAUGUUGAACCUAGAAGAUUCCAACAUUUUGCGGCAAAUACUAACAUAUCGCCGAGAAAUACGCGAAUCCUUGCAAAUGAGGCUCGCAUUACGCCUUUUUUCAUGUUUCAAAAAUGGAAAUUAUAUAAGAUUUUUUAAAUUGCUUAAGAGAAAUGCGACUUAUCUACAGGUUUAUAAUUUUUUAUUUUUUACAUUUGUAAAGAAUUUUUAUAAAAGUAUUGAAAAUCCGUUUUUGCCAAAUCGUAUUUUUCAGUACCCAAUUACUAAACUUGUUGAUAUUCUCGGUUUUGAUAGCAUCAAUGAUGCCACUGAAUUUAUUAUGAAUUACAAUAUGCGUGUCGAUACUAUUACCGAACCAGAUGAUAUAUGCAUAUUGUUAUCUAAGUCUAAAUUUUAUUUAUCAACUCCACCUGUACCAAAAAUGUCACUUUGGAUUGAAGAGAAACGCUUAGACACUCCUAUAGCUCAAGUAAUUUUUCUUAAAAUUAUAUUUAUUUUAUAA